CUGCACGGGGAAGCACCGGUGCUGUAUUUAAAGUUGUAUCAUGCAGUAGUUUGUGGGUCAUUGUCGUGUUACUGCUAACUUACACUAAGUGUCAAACGUAAAUCCUGCACUGCAACUGAAGAUGAAGGCAUCUCUGCUGCUGAUUUUGACUGUUUAUUUGCACAUUCAGUCCGGCGGCGGCAAUCUGUUCUCUUCAUGCACCUACCCUCCAUCACAGUGGUGCUCAUCUCUGGACACAUCUAUCCAGUGCGGGGUUUUAAAGCAGUGCCUUGAGACUAACAUCACCAGGUCCCGUCAGGAAGCAGCCCCUGUCGAGGUGGGGCUUUACUAUGAGAGUCUGUGUCCCGGCUGCAGACAGUUUUUCGUUGGGAUGCUCUUCCCCACCUGGAUCAUGCUGGCUGACAUCAUGGCCGUGACACUGGUGCCCUAUGGGAAUGCACAGGAGAAACCUGACGGACAGAAGUAUGUGUUCGAGUGCCAGCAUGGAGAACAGGAGUGUCUAGGCAACAUGAUUGAGACUUGUGUAAUGAACAUAUCUCGGUCUUCCCCCUGGAUAAUCAACUGUAUGGAAAGCUCCAGUGAUGUCAUCAAUUCAGCCAAGACUUGUGCAGAACUCUUCGACCCUAAGUUGAACUGGGACAGCGUCAUGAGCUGUGUGAAGGGGGAUCUGGGAAACCAUCUGAUGCAUCAGAAUGCUUUGAUGACCGAAGGCUUGAAACCUGCACACGAAUAUGUGCCCUGGGUGACCAUUAAUGGGGAGCACACAGAGGAGCUGCAGAACAAAGCCAUGUCUUCUCUCUUCGUCUUGGUCUGCGACCUGUACAAGGGCCCCAAGCCGGAGGUCUGUGGAGGAGAACGCCGGAACCACUACAAAAGCUACUGCCACAAUGAGUGAAGGAGCAGUACUGCACAUGCCUUUAUGGUGCUGUGUUCCAGGUGUGGCCACUGAAUAAGGAACACUGAGGAAUGUCUUCAAAUAUUUUUUUAAUCUGUGAUUUUAUAAUCUGUUUCUAUAAAGGGAAGAAUUAUGAUCAUUUCACUUUAUAAUUUGCAAAAUAUAAACACAAUUUACUUUCUGAAAAA